AUGACGGAAUCUGGUGAUGCUACUACGGUUCCAAUAAACGUGAUCAGGCCGAUCCCAUUUCUCGUGAUCUUCAAAGAUUUAACCCAUGUGUUUAGUAUGGAUGCAAUUGGUCGAGAGAUACUAAGCAUGGCGUUUCCGGCUGCUUUGGCGUUAGCUGCUGAUCCAGUAGCGUCUCUGAUUGACACCGCUUUUGUCGGGCGUUUAGGAGCGGUUCAGCUAGCUGCGGUUGGAGUUUCCAUUGCCAUAUUCAACCAAGCUUCAAGAAUCACGAUAUUCCCAAUUGUGAGCAUCACAACUUCUUUCGUCGCGGAGGAAGAUACAAUGGAGAGGAUGAAAGAAGAAGAAGCAAAGAAAGCCAAUCUUGUUCAUGCAGAUACUACACUUGUUCAAGAUUCCAUGGAAAAAGGCAUUUCUUCACUCACAAGUAACAACACGAACCAGCCGCAGCAACCGCCAGUUUCGGAUAGAAAGUCAAGCAACGGAAACAAACCGAAUAAAAAAGGAAAGAAGACUAUCAAAUCAGCUUCAACGGCCAUGAUCAUAGGGUUAAUCCUAGGUCUUGUGCAAGCUAUUGCCUUGAUUUUCAGCUCCAUGGUGCUUCUAGGCGUCAUGGGAGUGAAAAAAGAUUCGCCGGUGUUAUCACCAGCACACAGGUACUUAAGCAUACGAUCAUUGGGUGCUCCUGCAUUGCUUCUAUCUCUUUCAAUGCAAGGCAUUUUUCGUGGCUUCAAGGACACCACAACUCCUCUCUUUGCUACUGUCGUAGCAGAUGUGAUCAAUAUCGUUCUCGAUCCCAUUUUCAUCUUUGUACUUCGUCUUGGCAUCAGCGGUGCAGCCAUUGCCCAUGUCAUUGCUCAGUACUGCAUGACUCUAAUAUUGUUCAUCCGUCUCGCAAAGAAAGUAAAUUUGAAGCCACCAAACUUCGGAGAAUUGCAGUUCGGAAAGUUCCUUAAAAAUGGAGGUUUAUUGCUGGCUCGGACCAUAGCUGUGACGUUUUGUCAGACCUUAGCAGCAGCAAUGGCAGCUCGGCUGGGAACAACACAAAUGGCUGCUUUUCAGAUCUGUUUACAAGUCUGGUUAACUACUUCUCUCCUCGCUGAUGGUCUUGCCGUUGCUGGUCAGGCAAUUCUUGCUUGUUCAUUUGCUGAGAAAGACUACAACAAAGUAACUGCUGCUGCUUCACGUGUUCUACAGAUGGGUUUUGUGUUAGGACUUGGACUGUCCGUUUUCGUUGGAAUGGGUCUCUACUUUGGUGCCGGAAUAUUCACAAAGGAUCCUUAUGUUAUUCACCUCAUAGCCAUUGGAAUACCGUUUGUAGCCGCAACGCAACCAAUAAACUCACUCGCCUUUGUGUUGGACGGAGUCAAUUUUGGAGCAUCUGAUUUUGCUUACACUGCAUAUUCCAUGAUAGGAGUUGCGGCCAUAAGUAUUGGAGCAGUAAUAUAUAUGGCAAAGUUCAAUGGGUUUCUAGGAAUAUGGAUAGCUCUUACAAUCUAUAUGGGUCUUCGAGCUAUUACUGGAAUUGCCAGGAUCGCAACAGGAACUGGACCAUGGAAAUUCUUGCGUGGUCGAGUCUCUUCAUCUUCUUAG